AUGCCAAGCAGCGGGUUAACCACGGAGCUAGAUUCGCAUGACACCACAAUAACCAAGGAAACCAUCACUGCCGCCGAACAAAAAUCUGUACCUCCUACUACUACACUCCCCGGGACAUUUACCAAUGUACCUAAGCAUUUGAUUCCGGAUUGGUAUCGCACAGGUUGGACCUCGUUAGCCGCAGGUGAAAAUCCAGGUGGUUCUCUUGGGAUACGCGCAACUGAAUCGGAUUUCCUUGAAGAAAUCUUGCCCGAAUUCUUGUAUGGCGCUUGGUAUCAUAAUGGUGCUGCCCUGUUUCUUACAGCUUUGGUAUCAUGGACUCUUGCUAAAUUGAAUGCGGGCAUAGGCUCAGUCUUGUUACUAUGUCUCUUCAUAGCAAGUUACUAUCGCACAAGUAUUCGUAGAUUUCGUAGAAACACGCGUGACGACAUUCAACGAGAAAUCAGUAAAUUUAGAUUAGAAGCAGAUGAAGAAUCCGUGGAAUGGAUGAACAGUUUUGUCGCAAAAUUCUGGUUAAUCUUUGAGCCGGUACUAUCAGCACUUGUAGUAGAGAACUUGGAUAAUUAUAUUACGGAUUAUUUACCUCCCUACUUGGACUCGAUUCGCUUAACCACAUUUACGCUGGGUACAAAACCUUUUCGCAUUGAAAGUGUCAAAACAUUUUUAAACACCGACCCAGAUACAGUCUGCAUGGAUUGGCGUGUUUCCUUUAUCCCCAAUGAUCUAGAUGAUUUGACACCCAAGGAGCUAGAAUACAAGGUAAAUCCUAAAGUAAUUAUGAAUGCACGUAUUGGAAAGGGAAGAAUGGGAGCAGGUAUACCUGUCAUGUUGGAAGAUAUGGCAUUUUCCGGUCAUUUACGUAUCAAGAUCAAGUUCAUGAGCAGAUUUCCUUUUGUAAAGUUAUUUGAAGCCAGUUUCUUGGAAAAGCCUCAAUUUGACUAUAUUUUAAAGCCAUUGGGCGCGGAUUCAUUCGGUUUUGAUGUGAAUGUGAUUCCCGGUUUAGCAAGCUUUAUUCGAGACCAGGUACAUUCCAUCUUGGGCCCGCUCAUGUAUUACCCAAACCAGUUGGCCAUCGAUGUUGAACGCUUUUGUUCAGGUGACUUUGAUUUCUCGGCUGCAAAUGGUGUACUCGCUGUCACUGUUUACUCUACAGACCGUAUCAAACAUGUAAGUGAUCUGGUAGAAACUGCACCCAACCCAUAUAUCCGUUUCUACAUUGAUCAUGGUCAAGAACUCGACCGUACAACUGUAUGUGAAUCCACCUUUGAACCCAAAUGGAAUGAAACCCGUUACAUCAAAAUUAACAACCUCAAUUCACUUCUCUCCCUUGAACUCAAAACAUCAAGACCAGGUUUGAAGGACAGAAGAUUGGCUACAGCCAAUUUUGACCUGUCAUGUUUGGAUAGUGGGGAUGAUAUGGCUGAACAAGAGGGUUUGGACCUCAUGUUGCUGCGAAAUGGUAAACAUGUUAGUAAUUUACGUGUGGAUAUACGUUAUUUACCCAUCUCAAAACCUCAUAAACGAGAUGAUGGCACCAUGGAUCCUCCUGUCGACUCGAAUUCGGGUGUAUUACGCUUGACCGUACAUGAAUGUCGUGAUUUGGUAACCACCUCAGAAAAAAUUAGUCCGUAUGUUCGUAUCAUUGUGAACGGUAUCGAAAAACACAAGACACAUGUAGCUAAGAACAAGAAAGAACCCAAGUUUGAAGAUCCCUAUGAAAUUGUUGUACUUGACAAAACUACCUUCUUUGUCCGUGCUGAAGUCCGUGAUAGCCAAAAUGAUGAUGCCUUAAUUGGUGCCUUUACCUCCUACCUCUCUGAUAUAGUUAGAUUGCAAGAAAAGAACGAUAGUUGGUGGGAUUUAGUGGAUGGUGAUACAUGUCUUGGUCAAAUACGACUCAGUGCUGAAUGGAAACCCAUCAUGAUGUCCAACCUUACGAAUUUUGUCAGCGGACAUGGUUUUGAUACACCUCCCAUCGGUGUGAUUCGAUUCACGCUUUGGGAAGCACGCGAUUUACGUAACGUAGAGAUGGUGACGGGUGGUAAAAGUGAUCCUUAUGUUCGUAUCCUAUCGGGUUAUCAAGUACGUGGGCGUACUGAAGUCAUUGAUAAUAAUUUAAAUCCAGAAUGGGGAGAGAUCUUGUAUAUCCCUGUACACUCAUUGAAAGAAAACUUUGUAUUAGAAGCCAUGGACUGGAAUGCACGCACGCGAGACAAAUCUUUGGGAAAGACUACCUUCAAGGUCUCGGAAAUCAUUCAACAAAAAAUUGGCGAUCAAAGUGUAUCACCGGAUGUCUGGUACGAGUCGAACGGUGUUAAAGUAGAUCGUUGGGAAAGAUUACAUUCUAUGGAUAAUAGACGUGCUUCAAAGGGUGAUUUACAUUAUUCAGCUGAAUUCGUGCCUAUCCUUCAAUUACCUGGAACCAAUAAUGCAUCUGUAACUCAAGGCAGCGCUAUUUCUUCUGUCUCUGCUGUUUCUUCAGCUGCAGAUGAACCUUUACCUUUGCGUGGUUUACAUGGCUCUUACAUUCGCUACACGCCGGAUGAUCUCAUUGAUCUCGGUUCGUAUAACUCGGGUGUUUUAAAGAUUAAGAUUCAUCAAGUUCAAUUCUCACACACAACACACUGUUACUGCCAAGUCAUUGUAGAUGCAUUGAUGCCGCAAUACAAGACAGCUAAACUUCGCGGUGAUACGCUUAACUUUGAUGAAUCGGCCGACAUGUUUAUCAAGGAGAUCGAUUUUUCACGUAUUGCAAUCGAAAUCAAGCCUGCUCAUUCGGAUGAAAAAGAGGUUUACAAAUUAGGACAUUGGAUUGAUUCAGGUGCUGCCAUUGUACGUCGUAUCAUGAAACAAAAGCGUCAAGGAAUAGAUCCGAUGGAAGGUACAUGGUUUAAUUUGAUGGGUUCAGAUGGACCUGCGCGUAUCCGUUUGGGCUUUGAAUAUGACCCCAUGGAAGAUUUUGUUUUGAACCCGGAUGAAAGUUUGGAUAAUCAAGGUGUUUUGACCGUUGAUCUGGUCAGUGCAACAAACCUCAUGGCUGCGGACAAGUCUGGUACAAGUGACCCUUAUGUCAUCUUUAACGUCAAUGGUGAAAAACUGUACAAGAGUGAAACUAUCAAAAAAACGCUGAACCCUAAAUGGAGCCGUGAAAGAUUUGAAGUGCCUAUUCAGUCAAGAGUGACAGCCAGUAUCCGUAUUGAAGUAUUUGAUUGGAACCAUGUGAAGGGGGAUCAACCUAUUGGUUCAGGUGGUAUUACACUGCGUGGUGAUGCAGUCGAAAGUUUUAAGCCACGUAUGGUAGAUAUUCCUUUGGAUGGUGUAUCUGGCGUUUCGGGUAGUGUACAAGUCAAAUUUACAUGGCAUCCUCAACUUCUCAAGACCAAAAAAACUCAGACAUCUGUAUUGGCUACUACACGUACGUAUGCGCGUGAUGAUGUAAACUUGGAGGCGUCUGGACCGUUAGUGCGUAAUUAUCAACAGUACGAUAUGGCGAGACAGUCAAGUGAAAGCUACCAUGGAAGUCAAUUAUCGGAUCCAUAUGGUAGUCGCAUGUCAGUAGGUUCUUCCCGCCUUAGUUUUGAAGAUACAGUGUCUGUCACACCUUCGUCUAUCCUAUUAGAUGUGAAUAAUAUUAGUAAUGCCACAGGCCAAGCAGGAUCUGUGACGAUUACUUUGCUGGAAGCCAGAGGAUUAAGAGGCGUGGAUAAAAGUGGGACUAGUGAUCCAUAUGUCCGUGUCAAGGUAGGUAAAGAGCAAAUCUACAAGACACAAGUGAUUCCAAAGACAUUGGAUCCUGAAUGGAACGAAACGUUUAUCUGGAGAGUGGGAGGAGAGCCCUUUAUUUUUGAUUUUAAGGUCAAGGACCACAAUCGUGUGAAAUCUGCAGUGGAUCUUGGUCAGACACGAUGUAACUUGUGGGACUUGAUCAAGCUGGAUGUCCCGGGUGGCGACACGUUUUGUCAGUGGUUACCAUUGUUUCCUCCUGGAAGUGGAGAGUUACGUGUGAAUAUUCAUUUUAACCCUUCGAUUUAA